AUCAACAAUCCAUCGACCCCUAAUGAUCAAAUGGCCGCUCUCAUCGAGAGUGUUGCUGACGGAUUAUUAUCUCUUUGUGCUACCAUGGGGAUUGUACCAAUCAUCAGGUAUCCCAAAGCUAACGCUGUCGAGCAGUGGCCAAGGUCAGCUGAUCUUGCAACCAUGCUGCAUCAUACAAGGACAUACCAAGCUCUCAUCCAUAACGUUUUGGAGUUGGACCAGAAUUGGUUAACUGUUACUAAAAAGGCGAAAAGCAUACGAUAUGUCGAGUGGAGGAUUGGAAAUUGGACCACACACAAGGUAACAUUCUAUUGUUGA